UCUCUCUCCCCUUCUCGCUCUCAUUUCAUUCGGUGAUACCUCAGCGAUGGCUCUGCAAUUAUGGGAGACUCUGAAGGAGGCGAUUACAGCCUACACGGGUCUCUCCCCGGCGACCUUCUUCACUAUCCUGGCCCUCCUUUGGGCCAUAUACUACGUCGUAACUGGUUUCUUCGGUUCAUCCGGUGCUCCUACUCAGCGGUCCAGGGACUUUGAGGAGAUGGAGCCGCUUCCCCCUCCAGUCCAGCUUGGCGAGGUCACCGAGGAGGAGCUCAAGCAAUAUCGCCCUCAACAAGGGCGUGGCAGAGGUCAACUUCCCGGUGGGAAUCCCACAUCUCAUACCGCACCACCCUCUACAACCCAACCUCAGCCUAUAGAGGGAACCAGGGAGAACAACCCAAAUUCAACAGAAAACCUAAACCCUAUAGCCACCCAACUCAAUGUCAUGCAACAGCAGUUUGGCGUGUUUCAGCUUGUGCUUGCGCAAUUGUUAGCCAGGGAUAAUCCAGGCGACCCCCUCAUUGCCCUACUCAAUCCCACCAACCAACUACCUACCCAACAACCUCAACACAAUGUGACCUCACCAGCCCAAACUACAACUCUACCUCGCAACGACUCUCCAGCCCACUCACACAUGGCACCUCUACCUCAGCCACCACCUCAGCCGGCCGUCUCAGACCUUCCCAAGGGGAACUCCGAAAAAAUGCUACCCGACAAACGAACUCCACAAACUCCGACCCUCCCGAGUUCCGUCCCAAUCCCUACCCCCCUCAAUUCCAACAUUCUCCAAGAGCCGUACCCAUCAGGGUUCCGAAUGCCACAGCUUGAAACAUACGAUGGGACUAAAGACCCCAAUGACCACUUGCAUGCCUUUUGCUCCGUUAUGAAGGCUCAGAAUGCCUCAGAUGCCUUGAUGUGCAAGAUAUUCCCUUCUACAUUGCGAGGAAAUGCUCGGACCUACAUGACAGAUUUCCGGGAUAGCCUGAUCAAGCACGCGCCUACCACCUUUGAUGAGGCCAACGAAAGAUCGUGGAAAUUCAUUCAAGCGGAGGAAUAUGCUUUGUCCAGCAAAGCAACCCCGAGUAAAGAGGUCAGACCUCCGGCCUGGAGAGAUGAAGGGCAGAACAAAAAGAGAUUUAAACCCGCACAGAAUCGAGGCUCAUUCCCUCCCAGGGUAGACAGACCCCCAACUGUAACUCCACAACUUAUGUCUAAGCAAAUCACCUGGACUCCAUUUAUACUGCCAAGGUCGCAGAUUUUAAUGCAAAUCAAGAACAAAAUGGAGCUCAGAAGGCCCCUACCCAUGCGGAGUCCCCUUACCUCCAGAGAUCAUGGCAAGUACUGUGACUUCCAUCAAGACCACGGGCAUACCACGGAGGAAUGUCAUAGCCUGAAGUCAAAACUGGAGGGCCUAGCUCGGAAAGGCAUGCUCAAUGAGUACGUCUCUAAAGGGGAUCAGCCCAAAUUCGUCCAGGAACAGGGACGGCCUCAAGCACCUCGAGAGGCAAGCAACAGGGUCGGCAUUGGCUACCAACAAGCACCACCUCCACUCCCCUCACCCUCACGUAUCAUUCAUAUGAUCACAGGAGGGUUGGAAGCUGGAGGAACGAGCUCAAAACAGCAGAAGUUGUAUGUUCGAGAAGUCAAACAUCAGAACCAGGUUCAGAAGAGGAAAUUUGAUGAAACAGAUUGGAAGAACCAGCCCAUAACCUUCAGCACAGUUGAUUUUGAUGGUGUUAUCACCCCACACAAUGAUCCACUUGUCACCUCGGUCAUUGUUAACAACUGUGAAGUCCACCGCGUCCUUAUUGACACAGGAAGCACUCCGGACAUAAUGUAUUAUCAUUGUUUCGAGAGCCUAGGUCUUGACCCAGAUCUUCUACAGAAAUAUGACGGCCCUAUCUACGAUUUCAACAAUCAACCAGUUCCUGUAGAAGGACUACUCACGCUCAAUGUAGCCUUCGGUUCAAGUCGGACAUAUGUUACCCCAUCAGUUCGGUUCUUGGUUGUAAACAUGGCAUCCUCUUUCAACAUUGUCGUCAGAAGGCCAACCUUGACAGAAAUCCAUGCUGUUGUUUCGCAGUCCCACCUAGGCAUGAAAUUCCCUACCCCUAUAGGAGUGGCAACUCUGAGAGGUAAUCAAGAAGUAGCUCGACACUGCUAUAUGACCUCGGUCACCCUACCUCGAAGAGAUAAGCUAGUAACUCCAGCUCUAACUCAGCCAGAGAUACCGACCACCCAGCAGGUAAUGGGUGUAGAACUGCCAGAUUAUAGACCCGAUGGCAAUGCCAGAGCAACCCCAGCAGAAGAGGUGGAAGAAAUACAACUUGACCCCAAUGACCCCAACAGAAAAACACAGAUUGGCACUAAACUCAACCCACAGGAGAGGGAAGAACUCAUUCACUUCCUAAAGUCGAACAGGGACGUCUCUGCAUGGACCUCGGCAGACAUGCUCGGAAUACCGACCUCGGUUGCAGUUCAUAAGCUCGGCAUGAACCCUUUGAAAAAACCUGUAACACAAAAAAGGCGCCUGUCCGGGGGAGAGAGGCUACAAGCAAUCAAGGAAGAAGUGCAGAAGCUUUUGCAAGCAGGCUUUAUUAGACGGGUGGACUAUUGUGAAUGGGUUGCCAACCCCGUCCUAGUCAAGAAGUCAAACGGAAAAUGGCGGAUGUGCAUUGAUUACACCAAUCUAAAUGACGCUUGCCCAAAAGAUUGCCACCCCUUGCCAAACAUAGACAAGCUAGUAUUGGAGGUUAGUACUGACCCCGAAGCUCCGAGCUGGACAGACCCCAUCAAAGCUUACCUACACGAUGGAACCGUCCCAACCGAUAAGCAAGAGGAGUUAAAGCUACGAAGAAGAGCAUCUAGAUACACCUUGCUUAACGGCGUCCUAUAUAAGAGGUCCUACUCACUUCCCCUCCUUCGUUGCUUGACCCCCUACGAGGCCGAGUAUGCUCUGCGUGAAGUGCAUGAGGGCGUAUGCGGAAGCCAUGUCGGAGCUCGGACUCUAGCUCAUAAGGUGCUUCGCCAAGGAUAUUACUGGCCCAACAUGCAAGACGAUGCCAGGCAAUUUGUCCGGAGGUGCCAAAAGUGUCAAUUCUUUGCACACCUAACUCACCAGCCAACGGAAGAACUCACAAACCUAGUGGCACCAUGGCCUUUUGCCCAAUGGGGGCUAGAUCUGCUAGGUCCUUUGGUCAAAGGUGUAGGGGGAGUGACACAUUUGAUUGUGGCGGUCGACUACUUCACAAAAUGGGUCGAAGCACGACCCUUGUCUAGCCUAACCUCGAGAAAGGUUGAAGAUUUUGUCUUCAGUGCAAUCGUCUGCUGAUACGGCAUACCUAAUCAAAUCGUCACCGACAAUGGGCCUAAGUUCAAUUGCACUUCUUUCAGGGAUUUCUGCUCCAGCUAUGGAAUUAAAUUACUAUUCACUUC